CGCCGAAUUCGCUUCCACAAUUCAAGCCCUCUAAGGCGAGCUCUUAGUCCGCCUACAGCAAUCAACCUUUCGACAGCAGGUUCAAGUGCGAUUUCAGCCUCACUCGCCCUUACCAUCAUCCUUAAAUCGAAACGACCGCAAUCCUACCUGCACGUUCCGGCAUCCAUAACAUACCAAGUGAGAUUCACGAAGCCGAAGACCACCUCCUUUCGAUUAAACAAGACCCCGGCUCCCUUCACUAUUUACAUCUUUACGAAGCCAAAGGUUCAAGUGCAAUUCCAUCACCUCGCUUCUGAACCGAUUAUCUCAACAGCUCAACCUUCCACGUACAUACUACGAAUUCAUUAG